GUCGCGGGCUGACAGCGGUGCACGCGUCAUGUUGUGUUGAUGCAGAAAUAUAAAAACUUUGGUUUCUUCUCGCCUUUGGACUGUGUGUUUCUGAGGUAAAAAUGAGGAACCUGAAGCUGCUGAAGAGCCUGCGGAGCUCGGAGCUGCAGGGUCCGGGCUCCCCGCAGUGUGUGUGUGUGCGUGCGGACACCGGCACGCUGCUGGUCGCCUCUCAGUACUCCAUCACAGAGUACGACCCUCGAACGGGACAGGUGGUCAGCGAGGCCUCGCUGACGGCCGAGGGUUUCCUCCCCGGGACGGCAGCGGGACGGCGGGUCGGGCUGCAGGACCUGGCUGAGCUGGAGUCGGCGUGUUUGGCCACAGCUGGCGGCGACGUCGUCCUCUUCAACCUCAACAGCUGCCAGCUGGAGUGUGUGGGCAGCGUGGACAGCGGCCUGACGGCGAUGAGCUGGAGUCCCGAUGAAGAGCUUGUCGUUCUCACUACCGGUCAGGAAACGAUCAUCAUGAUGACCAAAGACUUUGAGCCGAUCACCGAGCUCCGAAUCCACCAGGAUGAUUUUGGGGAAGGGAAGUUCAUCUCGGUGGGCUGGGGCAAGAAGGAGACUCAGUUUCACGGCUCAGAGGGCAAACAGGCGGCGCAGAGGAAGAUCCAGGAGGUGCAGCCGGCCGCGGCCUGGGACGACGGCAGGCCGCGGGUGACGUGGCGAGGUGACGGUCAGCUGUUCGCCGUCAGCGCCGUCUGUCCUCAGACCGGAGCCAGGAAGGUGCGCGUCUGGAACAGAGAGGGCGUCCUGCAGGCGACCAGCGAGCUCAUCAACGGCCUGGAGCAGGCGCUCAGCUGGAAACCGUCCGGCAGCCUGAUCGCGAGCACUCAGCGUCAUCCCAACAAACACAGCGUGGUUUUCCUGGAGAAGAACGGACUGCUGCACGGAGACUUCACCCUCCCGUUCAGCAAAGACCAGGCCAAGGUGAAGGAUCUGAUGUGGAACAGCGACUCCACUGUUUUAGCUGUUUGGUUGGAGGACACGAGCGCCGGAGAGGACAAACAGGUCAACACGUACAUCCAGCUGUGGGUGGUGGGAAACUAUCACUGGUAUCUGAAACAGAACCUGGACUUCGGCAGAGACUCUCAGAGGGCUCCGGUCUGCGUCUGCUGGGACCCCGAGCGGCCCCUCAGGCUCCACGUGGCGACCCGCGGCUGGACCAGCAUCACCUACGACUGGGGCUGGACGACCGAGAGGAGCCCCGGGGCGGACGACACCGACAACGCCAACGUGGCCGUGAUCGAUGGAGAUAAAAUCCUGGUGACGACCUUCAGGCGGAGCGUCGUUCCUCCUCCCAUGAGCUCACUGGAGCUGCAGCUGGACUCGCCGGUCAGCCAGGUGACCUUCCUGUGCCAGCCUCAGCGGACCAAUCAGCUGGCAGCGCUGACCUCUGACGGACGGAUCUCCAUCUACAGCCCAGAUUCUGGAGACGGGGCUGAUAAAACAGAGGACGGGUUCAGGACGACGUCUCGUCCCCUCGUCCUGCAGAAGACCUUCAGAGUGACGGUUCAGCAGGAGCAGCCUCUGGCUCUGCGGCAGCUGCUGUGGCUGCAGGACGAGCUGUUUGUGUGCGUGAGCUCCGGUCUGCUGCCGGCGUCCUCCACCGUGCUGAUGCUCCACCCUGCCCCGGACGCCGAGGACACACUCGCUGUCAGGUCUGAGCUGGACGUGGACGGUGUCGUGGUCAGUGUGUCUCACAGCUCUCAGACCGGGACUGUGGCUCUGCAGCUGGAGGACGGACAGAUCAGGAGGCUGCGCUGGGAUUGUCCUGAGCCGUCAGUGGAGGAUUGGCGUGACGCUAGCGGAUGCAGCAUCAACUUCCCCGUUCCCUGCGUUCAGACGGCGAUCUGCAGCAUCAGCGGAGAGGAAUAUGUGCUCGGUCUGACGGACAGGUCGCACCUGUACGCUGCAGACACAGAGCUGGCCUCCAAUAUUUCCUCCUUCGCUGUUUGCAACGACUUCCUCCUCAUCACCACACACUCACACACCUGCCGCUGCCUCCAGCUGAGCACGCUCAGUGUCAAAGGGCUGCAGGCGGCUUUGGCCUCAGACGGAGGUCAGAAUGACGAGAGUCUGCGGCGGGUGGAGAGAGGAUCCAGGAUCGUCACAGUGGUCCCGCAAGACACCAGAGUGAUUCUGCAGAUGCCUCGUGGGAACCUGGAGACGGUGCAUCAUCGAGCGCUGGUGUUGGCUCAGCUCAGGAGGUGGUUGGAUUGUUUGAGGUUCAGAGAUUCGUUCGAGUGUAUGAGGAAGCUGAGGAUCAACCUGAACCUCAUUUACGACCACAACCCAAAGGUUUUCCUGGAGAACAUAGAGACCUUCAUCACACAACUCAACUCCUUCCUCAACCACAUCAACCUCUUCCUCACCGGCUGCAGGGAGGAGGAUACGACCGGCACCAUGUACCCUCGCCAUGAGAGCGCCGCGGUCCAGACGCAGCCUGUUUCUGGGCAGAAGAAGGUGGAUGUGGUUUGCGAUGCUUUGCGGAGCGCCAUGGAAUCAAUGAACACGAACAAGUUCUUUCUGUCCGUACUGACGACUCACGUGAAGAAGACGGUUCCAGAGCUGGAGAUCGCUCUGCAGAAAGUCCACGAGCUCCGAGAAAACCCUCCUGAAGCUCCCGAUGCUGUGAGCGCAGAAGAGGCGCUGAAGUACCUCCUCUUCCUCGUCAACGUCAACGACCUGUACGAACACUCGCUGGGAACGUACGACUUUGAUCUGGUGCUGAUGGUGGCCGAGAAAUCCCAGAAGGACCCAAAAGAGUACCUUCCCUUCCUGAACAUGCUGAAGAGCCUGGAGCCAAACUACCAGCGCUACACCAUCGACAAACACCUGAAGCGCUACAGGAAGGCGCUGCAUCACCUCAGCAAGUGCGGAGAGGAGCAUUUCCCCGAAGCUGUGCAGCUCGUGAAGGAGCAGAAACUCUACAGCGAAGCUUUGCGGCUCUACGCAGCAGACAGUCAUCACUACAAGGUUCUUAGCUGUGCUUAUGCCGAGCACCUGAUGGAGCAGCAGCAGGCGGAGCAGGCCGGCCUGUUGCUAUGGCGAUGCAGGGAGCCCGCCAGCGCCCUGCAGGCGUUCGCCAGCAGCUCCAGUUGGAGAAACGCCAUCUGUGUGGCGCAACAAAUCCCGCUUCCACCUGACCAGUUAGCCCUGCUGGCCCGGGACCUGGCAGAGAAGCUGACUGAGCAGCGGCGGUUCUCAGAAGCUGCUCUGCUGUUGGACCAGUACGCCAAAGACUGUGAGGAGGCCAUCCUGGCUCUGAUCACCGGCUCAGUCUGGGAGGAGGCGCUCCGACUCAUUUACAUGCACAACAGACAGGACAUCACUGAGACAAACCUGAAGCCUGCUCUGUUAGACGCUGUCAGCACCCAGGUGAGCUUCCUGGCUCAGGUGGCGACGUUCACGCGGCACAGAACCCGCCUGGCUGUGGUCCGAGAGCAGAAAGAAAAGGCCCGACUGGACAUGCUGGAUGAGGACGGUCCGGACUGUCCUGACGCUGAGCUCUACUCUGAAGCCAGCAGCGUGCUGACCGGCUCCAAAUACUCACACAGCAACUCCCGCAUCUCCUCGAGAUCAUCGAAGAACCGCCGGAAAGCAGAGAGGAAGAAGCUGAGUCUGAAGGAGGGAAGCCCGAUGGAGGACAGAGCGCUGAUGUACGCCCUGGGAGAGAUCCUCACCAUGGUGGACAAGAUGAGAGAGGAGGUGCACGGCCUGCUGAAGGCUCUGGUGCUGUUCCAGUUCGACAAACAGGCGGAGAAGCUGCAGCUGGCGUACGAGGAGGCUCUGCACACCGUGGAGGCUGCGCUUCCUGAGGUGUGGCCCGAAGGCCCGCAGAACAAUCAAGCUCCGCUCACUGGACCGAACUCGACCGCAAACAGCAUCAUGGCGUCUUUCCAGCAGCAGCAGAGACCUGCAGCCUCACAACCAGCUGCUGAGGUUCUGACGCCACCCAAGAUGAGAAACGGUGUCAAGUGGAAACUCACUAUUCUUACAUAAACUAGUUCAGUUUUUACUUUUUUUAAUGUAAAGUCAAAUGGUUGUUAUGUAAUAAAUAAAGAUUCAGUUAUUGUCUUCUCUCA